CAAUCAUAACUUUUCCUUUUUAUAAAUCCAUCAAGCCAUUUAGCCUAAAUAGCGAGCUAAACAUUUAAAUUUGGCGCUAAAAAUUCGCUAUUUUGUUUUUAAAAUUAUGAUAUACCCAGUGAUAGUGACAUCACAGUAUAUACGAAUCUAACGACACCUCUCAAGCGAAAAUCCAUCAAGCCGUUCGGGCUGCAGAGCUUGCCAAAGAAUUAUACAUACAUACACUCGAAAAACAUAACCCUCCUUCUGGCGCAGUCGGGUAAAAAGCUAUCCUUGGGUACUUACCUAUAUUAAGUCGAUGAUCUUAUUAACAAAGCUGACUCAAAUUCUAAACUACCGUUUUUAAUAUUCGAACUUAGAAAAAAAAUGUUUUUAACCACUGGCAGUAGGCCCAAAGGUCAUUGUACGAAAUUCUUCGUGCUCCGCGUCCGUACUAUACCAUAUAACACCUAAUUCAUAAAAACUAAAUUGGUAUAAUUACCUUACAGAAGCAUAAAAUUGUGAUUUAUACUGUAAUUAACUUUAAUCUGCUUUCAAUUUGUGGUUCAUGUUCUGAUGAAAAUACAAUGUAUUUAGACUGAUUUAGGUUUUAUAAUUAGGCGCUAGUUCAAGGUACAGUUGUCUAAUGACAAUUAUAAUGUUCUAAGAAUAUACUCAAAUAUUAAAAUAAUAGCUGAUCCCCAGAACAACUUGUGUGGAUUAAUUUUUAGUACUGGUAUAGUUUUGUUAAAAACAAAUAUAGAUAAACGCCAUCUAUUUACCGAAUAUGUCACUUCAGUUACAGUUAAACUGUUGCGAAACUAUUGAUGACCCACGCCCUUAAUCUGAAAGACUGGCUCUAUCAGCCCAUGUUCCUAUUGACUAACAAGAGAUGAUGAUCCGGCUCGAAGGACCAUGAACACAAACUCAACGAUCCCAGGACGGAGACUUAUUACUCGCCACGCAAUCCAACCUAUUCGAGGCCAUGUUGCUGCCGACAAUCAGGCGAAACUUUACUCCUAGGCCCGAACAGUUUGGAUUCCGAAGUGAACAUUCCACCACCCUCCAGUUGUCGAGAGUGCUGCACGACAUCACCGCCGCCCUUAAUAAGAAAGAGGUGGCGGCUGCAGUAUUUUUCGACAUAGAGAAAGCCUUUGACCGGGUCUGGCAUCCUUCCUUCUCGAACGGCGGUUCCACGUCUCUGUCGAGCUGCCGGCCAAUCACCGCGGGUGUCCCCCAGGGCACCCCGAGUUUAACUCCCGAUGUCCUUCGUGGAAUGAUGGAGGGGCUUCUGGAUGGAGUCAGGGAGAGCCUCAUGGGGGAGGUGAUGCGGUCUGUGGAGGGCAUGCUCGAUGCCAAGAUGGCGGGUAUCAGUGACAGGCUCCUCCCUGAGCCUGUGUUACGCCCUCCGUUGGCGGCGUCGGACCGUGGGCCAGGGGGCCCCCGAGGGUUCUAAGGAGAGAGGGGGCCCGGGGCUACCACAUGUUACGAUGGCCCGGGGCCCUGCAGCCCCUAGUGGCGGUGGCUGGGCGACCGUCACUAACGCACCUCCCGCUUGGCAGCGCGGAAGACAGCAAUAGUGUUGCGAUACUGGCAGCAGUGUAGUUUUAAUUUAAUUUACCAUAAUUUUGUAAAUCAGUCAAUAUUUGUAUAAUUUGUUACUGUAAUAAAGUAAUGGGGGUUUUGUAA